AUGCCUCGACAAAAGCCAUCCUCUGGACAGAAGCGGAUUUCCGACUUCUUCCAGAAGGCAGACACUCCCCGUGCCUGCUGCAACUUCUUCACCUGUGAGAGAGUUGGGUAUACCCUUGUCUCCCACAAUUUCGUCUUUCGAGACGUUGACAAUGAAGGUCCGCCUUCCAAGACGUUGACAAUGAAGUUCCGUCUGAGGGCAAAGGCAAUUCCGUCUGCAAAGGCGAAGGCCAUCCUGCUCAACAGGCGACGACAUCUAUUCGGCUUCAGAGUCAUUCCCGAGUCUGAAGACGAAUUGGGCUUAGGGGAUAACUGCAUUGGCAAAUCCAACGCCCUCAUCAUCGAUUAUGGGUACAAUGCUGCGCGAAUGCAGCUUGUGGGAGCCCUCGUCGAUACCUCAGGCUAG